CUGUGACUUGCCUGUGUGUGUGCGUGUGUGUAUGUGUGUGUAUGUGUGUGCGCGCGCGCGUGAGAGAGGAGAGAGGGAGAAGAGAGCGCGAGAGAGGGUGAGUGUGUGUGAGUGCAUGGGAGGGUGCUGAAUAUUCCGAGACACUGGGACCACAGCGGCAGCUCCGCUGAAAACUGCAUUCAGCCAGUCCUCCGGACUUCUGGAGCGGGGACAGGGCGCAGGGCAUCAGCAGCCACCAGCAGGACCUGGGAAAUAGGGAUUCUUCUGCCUCCACUUCAGGUUUUAGCAGCUUGGUGCUAAAUUGCUGUCUCAAAAUGCAGAGGAUCUAAUUUGCAGAGGAAAACAGCCAAAGAAGGAAGAGGAGGAAAAGGAAAAAAAAAAAGGGGUAUAUUGUGGAUGCUCUACUUUUCUUGGAAAUGCAAAAGAUUAUGCAUAUUUCUGUCCUCCUUUCUCCUGUUUUAUGGGGACUGAUUUUUGGUGUCUCUUCUAACAGCAUACAGAUAGGGGGGCUAUUUCCUAGGGGCGCCGAUCAAGAAUACAGUGCAUUUCGGGUAGGGAUGGUUCAGUUUUCCACUUCGGAGUUCAGACUGACACCCCACAUCGACAAUUUGGAGGUGGCAAACAGCUUCGCAGUCACCAAUGCUUUCUGCUCCCAGUUUUCGAGAGGAGUCUAUGCUAUUUUUGGAUUUUAUGACAAGAAGUCUGUAAAUACCAUCACAUCAUUUUGCGGAACACUCCACGUCUCCUUCAUCACUCCCAGCUUCCCAACAGAUGGCACACAUCCAUUUGUCAUUCAGAUGAGACCUGACCUCAAAGGAGCACUCCUUAGCUUGAUUGAAUACUAUCAAUGGGACAAGUUUGCAUACCUCUAUGACAGUGACAGAGGCUUAUCAACACUGCAAGCAGUGCUGGAUUCUGCUGCUGAAAAGAAAUGGCAAGUGACUGCUAUCAAUGUGGGAAACAUUAACAAUGACAAGAAAGAUGAGAUGUACCGAUCACUUUUUCAAGAUCUGGAGUUAAAAAAGGAACGGCGUGUAAUUCUGGACUGUGAAAGGGAUAAAGUAAACGACAUUGUAGACCAGGUUAUUACCAUUGGAAAACAUGUUAAAGGGUACCACUACAUCAUUGCAAAUCUGGGAUUUACUGAUGGAGACCUAUUAAAAAUCCAGUUUGGAGGUGCAAAUGUCUCUGGAUUUCAGAUAGUAGACUACGAUGAUUCGUUGGUGUCUAAAUUUAUAGAAAGAUGGUCAACACUGGAAGAAAAAGAAUACCCUGGAGCACACACAACGACAAUUAAGUAUACUUCUGCUCUGACCUAUGAUGCCGUUCAAGUGAUGACUGAAGCCUUCCGCAACCUAAGGAAGCAAAGAAUUGAAAUCUCCCGAAGGGGGAAUGCGGGAGACUGUCUGGCGAACCCAGCAGUGCCCUGGGGACAAGGUGUAGAAAUAGAAAGGGCCCUCAAACAGGUUCAGGUUGAAGGUCUCUCAGGAAAUAUAAAGUUUGACCAGAAUGGAAAAAGAAUAAACUAUACAAUUAACAUCAUGGAGCUCAAAACUAAUGGGCCCCGGAAGAUUGGCUACUGGAGUGAAGUGGACAAAAUGGUUGUUACUCUUACUGAGCUCCCUUCUGGAAAUGACACUUCUGGGCUUGAGAAUAAGACUGUUGUUGUCACCACAAUUUUGGAAUCUCCGUAUGUUAUGAUGAAGAAAAAUCAUGAAAUGCUUGAAGGCAAUGAGCGCUAUGAGGGCUACUGUGUUGACCUGGCUGCAGAAAUCGCCAAACAUUGUGGGUUCAAGUACAAGUUGACGAUUGUUGGUGAUGGCAAGUAUGGGGCCAGGGAUGCAGACACGAAAAUUUGGAAUGGGAUGGUUGGAGAACUUGUAUAUGGGAAAGCUGAUAUUGCAAUUGCUCCAUUAACUAUUACCCUUGUGAGAGAAGAGGUGAUUGACUUCUCAAAGCCCUUCAUGAGCCUCGGGAUAUCGAUCAUGAUCAAGAAGCCUCAGAAGUCCAAACCAGGAGUGUUUUCCUUUCUUGAUCCUUUAGCCUAUGAGAUCUGGAUGUGCAUUGUUUUUGCCUACAUUGGGGUCAGUGUAGUUUUAUUCCUGGUCAGCAGAUUUAGCCCCUACGAGUGGCACACUGAGGAGUUUGAAGAUGGAAGAGAAACACAAAGUAGUGAAUCAACUAAUGAAUUUGGGAUUUUUAAUAGUCUCUGGUUUUCGUUGGGUGCCUUUAUGCAGCAAGGAUGCGAUAUUUCGCCAAGAUCCCUCUCUGGGCGCAUUGUUGGAGGUGUGUGGUGGUUCUUUACCCUGAUCAUAAUCUCCUCCUACACGGCUAACUUAGCUGCCUUCCUGACUGUAGAGAGGAUGGUGUCUCCCAUCGAAAGUGCUGAGGAUCUUUCUAAGCAAACAGAAAUUGCUUAUGGAACAUUAGACUCUGGCUCCACUAAAGAGUUUUUCAGGAGAUCUAAAAUUGCAGUGUUUGAUAAAAUGUGGACCUACAUGCGGAGUGCAGAGCCCUCUGUGUUUGUGAGGACUACGGCCGAAGGGGUGGCUAGAGUGCGGAAGUCCAAAGGGAAAUAUGCCUACUUGUUGGAGUCCACGAUGAAUGAGUACAUUGAGCAAAGGAAGCCUUGUGACACCAUGAAAGUUGGUGGAAACCUGGAUUCCAAAGGCUAUGGCAUCGCAACACCUAAAGGAUCCUCAUUAAGAACCCCAGUAAAUCUUGCAGUAUUGAAACUCAGUGAGCAAGGCGUCUUAGACAAGCUGAAAAACAAAUGGUGGUACGAUAAAGGUGAAUGUGGAGCCAAGGACUCUGGAAGUAAGGAAAAGACCAGUGCCCUCAGUCUGAGCAACGUUGCUGGAGUAUUCUACAUCCUUGUCGGGGGCCUUGGUUUGGCAAUGCUGGUGGCUUUGAUUGAGUUCUGUUACAAGUCAAGGGCCGAGGCGAAACGAAUGAAGAUGACCUUGAAUGAUGCCAUGAGGAACAAGGCAAGGCUGUCAAUUACAGGAAGUACUGGAGAAAAUGGACGUGUUAUGACUCCAGAAUUUCCCAAAGCAGUGCAUGCUGUCCCUUACGUGAGUCCUGGCAUGGGAAUGAAUGUCAGUGUGACUGAUCUCUCGUGAUUGAUAAGAACCUUUUGAGUGCCUUACACAAUGGUUUUCUUGUGUGUUUAUUGUCAAAGUGGUGAGAGGCAUCCAGUAUCUUGAAGACUUUUCUUUCAGCCAAGAAUUCUUAAAUAUGUGGAGUUCAUCUUGAAUUGUAAGGAAUGAUUAAUUAAAACAACAUCCUUUUCUACUCGAGUUACAGACAAAGCGUGGUGGACAUGCACAGCUAACAUGGAAGUACUAUAAUUUACCUGAAGUCUUUGUACAGACAACAAACCUGUUUCUGCAGCAACUGUUGUUAGUCUCUUGAUUCAUAAUGACUUAAGCACACUUGACAUCAACUGCAUCAAGAUGUGACAUGUUUUAUAAAAAAAGGAAAAAAAAACAUUUAAAAUUAAAAAAAUAUUUUUAGGUAUUUUCACAAACAAACUGGCUUUUCAAUAAAUUUGCUUCCAUAUUGGUUGAAUAAGAUAAAAACAAUUAAACUGAGUGGGAAGUGAAUAAAAAAAGGCUUUAGGUAUCGGUUCCAUAUUUUUCAAAGCCAAAUAUGUAAAUGCUAAGGAAAGAAAACAAAGAGGAGAUUCCAAUCUUGUAAUUUAAUAUUGUUAUUAAAACUUUAAUGUAUCCUAUUCUUUAACAUUUGGUGUUAAUAUAAAAUUACUUGGCAAUGCUUGACAUUUGAAAUAAACAUUUUUCUAUUGUUUUAUUGCAAGUGGUCCAAUUAAUUUUGCUUAGCUACAGUUUGGUCAUAAAUCAAGUGAGUUUAAAGACACUACCAAGUUGUUAGGUGCCCAGAGAAAAUUUCUCCCUUUUAAAAAGGCCAGGUGAUUUUUCCAAUGUAAUCUUGCCCCCAAAGUAAUAUCUGAAUAUGUUUUUGACAUGUCUAAAUAUAUAUAUAUAAAGAAAUAUUUGUUAACACAAAAGCAUUUGAUCUAUGCAGAUAAAUGCUAAUAGAUUUAAAAAGCUAAUAUUAACAAAUACCAGAAUAUGUGAAAUUCCAUUUUUAAAGUGUUUGAGCUUACAGAAGAGAAACAUUCAUUUUAAAUGAAGUAAAAAAUGCCUUGAAAGUAAUUCUUUAGUUGCCCAUUGAUUAAAUUCCAUAAACUAAAUAUGUUUUUAGCUUUAAAAUUAUGAGCUGUCAUAAACUUUAUGUAUUAUGAAUUUUAAAAUAUGUUUGAGUCACCUGCAAUAUAGUUUCAUCCCACUGACAUCAAUUAAAAAUAACCCUAAUAUAUUAUUUUUAUAUUUAUUCCUCAGGUGGAAUGGCUAUUUUAAUAUGCCCAGUGUGGAUAAAAUGUCACAUUUCUGUAACUUUUGACUAAAGAGCCUAUAUUUAUCUAGUUAAUGAAUUUAAAGGAUCUAUCUUUCCCUUCAUAAAAUACCUCUUAUUUCCAUUAAAGCCCCCCAAGUUUAAUUAAUUUAGGAUUUUGAAUGAUUAUUGACACCCAAUAGUUAUUUUUAAUAUUUGUAUUCUUGUUAUUUCUGGAAGAAAGCCUUUGUGUAGCACUUGGUAUUUUGCAAAGUGCUUUUAAAACAUUCUUGCUUAUUGUAUUUCAUAGAAGGGAAGGAGAAAUGUAGGGUUUAACAGUAACCACUUGCAUUGAACAUGGAGGCAUGUGGUAUCAUGAUAUUCUUCACUAAAUUUGGCUGUCCCUAAUCACAUGUCCUAAGGUAAUACAAUAUAAUUUUAGUGCAUUUCUCCUCAUCAGGAAUGCUGGAGGUGCAUUUUAAGUUUUAAUAAUAAGUGCUAGAAUGACCAAAUUGCAGACUAAUUGUUUCCAUAUUGUACUUAAAAUGAGUUUUUAAAAAUGAAAAAGAAAUGACUAUAUACAAUCAAUGCUAUUUAUUGUACCUCUGGGCCUACUCUUCUAAAAAUUGUAGCUUAUCAAUUUUUCUCUGUCAAGCUUGAACUAAUGUAAAUAAUUGAAAUAAUGUAAAGUUAUAUUUUCAUGUUUUUAUAGAUACAACAUGACAAGAAUACAUAAUGUAAGAGUAUUUCAACUAUGGAUAAUGUUGAUUGGAUAAUGCACAUCUCAGUUACAAGCAGUACUCAUAGUUUAAUAUCCAUGUAACGGUGCAUCAAUAUAUUGCUAUAUAAAUAUGUCUGUGUGCAUAUAAGUGAAAAGUGGUCAAACAAGAGUGAUGACAGCUGUCUAAAGGUUUUUUUAUUCAUUUUAUAUAAAAACUGUUAUGGAAAGACCAAAAUGUUUAUGAACUAUUCUUAUGUAAAUUUACAAUUGUCCUUUACUGUACUUUUUUGUUUACAGUAUAGUACCUUAUUUUCUGCUGUGUAAAGUGGGUGUCAAACUCCAAGAAGACAUGCACUUUCUAUAACCUCUAUUGAAGAUAUUGGAAUUUCCAAUUUUUCAUGUGUACUAUGUCAGAAAAUGCUUUCGAUUUUAUUUUUAAAUCUAACAUCGGAUGGCUUUUCCGGAGUGUUGUAAAAACUUCAAUCAUACAUAAAACAUGUUCUUACAAAAGGCAAA